AUGACGCAGGAGGCCUCAGACACAGAAAUCGUCUUUUCAGGCUCCCGCUCGGGGCCGAGCCAGUGGGUGCUCGAGACCAGUUCCACGCCGUCGUUGAUCGCCACCCCGCAGGACCUGCGGCGGUCCAGCUCCGUCUUCUUGACUCCAGUCUCGCUAUGCACUGGGAGCUCGAGUCAAGGUCGUGCCGCGCGCUCCCGCGCGCGGACACCAGUACAGCUUGCUCUCCGGCGCAUAGCAACGACGGAGAACGCUGAAGUGGCCAAGCUCUCCAAGGCUGACCUCUCCCGGGAGAAAAGCCGCAAGGCCAUAGAAGAUCAGAAGAAGCUCUGUGGUCAGAGGAGGGAUAUUGAUGUGUUGGAGCUGUUCCUUUCCCGAAAGGGGCUAGUAGAUGUCAUUGACCUGGCGAAAUUCCGCAGGUUAAAGCACUUAUGGCUUUCCUUCAACAAGCUCCAAGACAUCAGAUUUCUGCUAAGAAAUCCUUGUCUGGUAGAACUUUAUCUGGACAACAACAGCCUCUAUGCAAUAGAAGGCCUUCGACACUUGGUCUCUCUGAACGUCCUCAUGCUUCACAACAAUCAACUGAAGAAUCUUGACGCUGUCGUGGAUGAAUUGAAGCUGAUGAACAACCUGAAGACACUAAACCUGUACCGGAACCCUUUGUCCCAGGAUGCAAAGCAGUAUCGCAUGUACACAAUCCAUCAUCUUCCGUCCCUGUGGCUACUUGACAGGAAAGAAAUUACAGUAGAAGAGAGACGAAUGGCCAAGCACAUAUUUAACCAUGAGAAGUCUCGAAUGCUUCAGGCGAUAGCAUUUGGAAGAAGAGCAGAUAAGACGUUGUGUGUGGUACCCUACAAGCCCCGCCCAACGGUGGCCUCAGAAGCACUAUGGUCUGCACACUUCGACAAGAACUUGUUUCACAAUAAGGAAGAUGCUGUUUUUGUGAGGUCAAUGAAGAGAUCUGUGACUGAGCUUCACUUUGUGGAUUGGGACACUGUCCCCACCAGAGUCGAGCGCCAUUGCGAGAGCAAAGCUGAGAGACCAGUUGAGUGGGCAACAGUGAGGAUCCGAUGA